AUGCGGCUGGACGCCAGAUACCAUUGCUUACCCCAAGCCAACAGUUUUCACCCGUUGUGGAAAGAGAAUUGGGCCGAGGUAAUAGAAGGGACAGCGUCUAUCGCUCGCGUCAGACACCACCACCAUCUCUUAGACAAUGAAAGUCGUCAUAGACGUGGUUAUGGACGUGUGGCGUCUCGCUUUUCC